AUGGACGACAAAGCAGUUUGGGACGACUCUGCUCUCGUCGACUCCUGGAAUGAAGCUCUAGAGGAGUACAAGAAAUACCACAGCAUCCACGCAAAAGGCGGCAGUGUCAAAGAUCUUAUUGCUGAGGAGUCAUCGAGAGCCAAGGCUACGGCAUCAGAAAUCGGCAAUCAUGUUGGUGACCAGAAGGCGUCGGCGCUGCCUGAUGACGAGGAAGGCGAGGCCAUGUCCGUGAGUGACGAGAAGUCGGGAAAGGACGCGAGGGCCGGCAAGGCAGAUCCGGCACUGCACGACGGAACAAACCAAGUUCCAGUCGCAUUCCCACCACAGGCCGUCAUGGGUUCAAUCCAGGACGAAUCCCUCAAGAGGCUCAUGAUGGCGUGGUACUAUGCAGGAUACUACACAGGUCUGUACGAGGGACAGCAGAAGUCGCAGCAGCAGCAUCAAGAGUAG